AUGUUAAAUUCUGAUGGGUAAGCUAAAUCUGGUGAACAAAACAUUAAAUUGAUUUAAUAUCUUGAAGUAAUUGGAUAUUCUACCCUAGAAUGAUAGGGCUAUAUCCAAAGGGGAAGAGACCUUAUGUUAUCCCUUUAAGGAAAUAUUUUUUGAAAUUCUGAUUGGAGUGAAUUUACCUUCAUUGCAUAUGCUAGCCUAAUACAGAAUUUAAUGUUGUUGA